UUAGGGUUAAAUGCAUGUAAUAUCACGAACUUAUGCCGAAAUCCAUAUUUAGCACGAACUUCAAAAGUUCCAAUUUAUAUGGCUAACUAUACCCCGUGUCCAAUUUUAACACCGUUUUUUUCUCCCCCCAAAUUGAAUCCUACGUGUCAAUGACGUGUCUUGCCGGCACAAGCUUUACUAUUUUCCGGCCGGUAAUCAAAACGCAUCGUUUUUAAUAAUAAAAAACGAUGUCGUUUUCAAUAAAGUCUGAAUCAAUUAAAAUUCUUCCACAAAGACUUUGGAACCCUAAUUGUCUAUUCUGAAACGGAUCUUCUUCACCUCCACAAUCUUCAAAAUACACAAUAAAUUAGGGUCAUCUUCUUCCUCCGAGAUCUUCCUAAUUUAGAAUGUCAUCUACUUCGUCGUUCUCGUCAUAUGGUAGCCAUGUGGGAGUUACCUGCAUUUGCAAGAAGCCCGCAAAGGUCGAAACUGCAAGAACCUCCAAAAAUCCGGGACGGCUCUUUUAUGGUUGUCGAUAUCGCGAGUGCAAUUUUUUCCAAUGGGUUGAUGAAGGUUGUGGGUAUAUGGAGAAUUGCUCACAAGAGAUGAACAUUUGGAUUGGAGAAAAUCUAAGACUUCGUAGACAGCUUGACCAACUUUCACAGAGGAUUCACGAUUUGGAGGCAAUGAAUGUUGGUUUGAAGGUGAAGAACUCGAUGAUUAAGAGACAAGCAGCUCGGCUCCGCCUUGGCUGCAUUUGUUUGGCCAUUUGGCUCAUCUAUGUUCUUCUUUAAAGUAUUGUGUAGAAGUAUUUCAUCUUGGCAAUGGAAUGGAAUUUGAAGAAUUUUUUGUCAUUUUGCUCAUCUAUGUACUAGUAGAAGUAUUUCAUCUUGGCAAUGAAAAUCCUUUAUGUAAUUGAAGUUCUGUAAUUCAAGUAAUGAAAUGGAAGUUGAAGUAUUGCA